AUGAGAAAUUUGAUUGUUAUUAUAUUAUCUCUAGCACCAUUGCUAACAUUGUCAUUAGCAGAACAAUGUGGUAAACAAGCUGGAAAUGCUCUGUGCCCAAAUCGGCUUUGCUGCAGCCAGUACGGUUGGUGUGGCUCUACAGCUGAUUAUUGCACAAAUGGCUGCCAGAGCCAAUGCAAGAACGGUGGUGGUUCAUCCCCUACGCCAUCUAACCCCACCCCAUUCCCCGGUGGCGGAGCUGGCAUUGACUCACUUAUCAGUCCAGCCCUUUUCAACCAAAUGCUCAAAUAUCAUAACGAUCCAAGAUGCUCCAGCAAUGGGUUCUAUACGUACAAUGCAUUUAUCACUGCUGCAAAAUCUUUCAAUGGCUUUGGAACAACUGGUGAUGUUGCUACUCGUAAAAGAGAAAUUGCUGCAUUCUUGGGCCAGAUUUCACAUGAGACUACAGGCGGGUGGCCAAGUGCACCAGAUGGUCCGUAUGCAUGGGGUUAUUGCUUCAUAAAAGAAAUAGGUGCCUCGGGGUCUUUCUGUGAUUCUCCAGACUGGCCUUGCCCUGCCGGUAGACAAUACUAUGGCAGAGGCCCCAUACAACUCACUCACAAUUACAACUAUGGAAAAGCCGGCAGAGCAAUUGGAGUGGACCUGAUAAACAAUCCGGACUUGGUAGCAACAGAUGCUGUGGUUUCAUUCAAGACGGCAAUCUGGUUCUGGAUGACACCGCAGGGAAACAAACCUUCAAGCCACGCCGUCAUUACUGGGGGAUGGACCCAUCCAUCCAGUGCUGAUAGGGCGGCUGGAAGGGUUUCAGGUUAUGGUGUUAUUACCAACAUUAUUAAUGGUGGACUCGAGUGUGGCAUGGGUCCUAAUGCUAAGGCGGCUGAUCGGAUUGGGUUCUACAAGAGAUAUUGUGAUAUAUUCAAAAUCGGCUAUGGAAAUAAUCUGGAUUGCUACAGUCAAAAGCCUUUUGCAUGAAUGUUUUGCAAUGAAAUUGGAAGAUUUAACGAUGAAGGGAUUCAUUUGUUUGAUCAUGUUU